ACAUCUGGGAGGAGUCCACUAUCUCGGCGUUGGCAGUGACUCGUAACCUAGACUGCGUUGGAAAGCAUGGGACCACGGUGGGUGAGACCCGGAGACAGCGCUGGUGUUAUCUGACAAAUUACAUAGACCACAAAGUGUAGCCAUUGUUUAUGAGUUUACGCAAAAUACGGAACACUAUUCAACGGGAGUUAAGAACAGUCCUCUCUGACAAUAUUGUAAACCGAUGAUCCUGGCUGUGCAGCAGGAGGACAUAGUGUUGUCUGAGUUGUCUGAGAGCGGAGGAGUUCAGGACCACCAUGCCCGCUGGAAGGCCACACUCUGACAAGACACUGUAGGACACACAGAUCGCAAUGGGAAACUCUGAGAGCCAAUACAGCCUUCAGGGGCCCAAGGGCACCAGCUUAAUCCUCCCCGGGAAACAAAAACCCUACUCACUAAAGUUCCGCUCAACCAAAGAGGAGGUUCUUUCCCCCCAUACGUGGUGGAAAGGUGGGCCAGGGGGCUCGGGUUACAAAGCCAGGACUGUUGGCCGAGGCUGCCUCUCCCCCCCGCAGAGGAGAGGAGAGCCGUAUGUCUCCAGACACUACGAUCAUGUCACCAUGGGGGUGAAGGGCAGUCCAAACUGCCGUCGUUGGCAUGACUCCCCACCAGGAGGCGGCUCACAACUCCCAUCUGAGAAUGGCUGCUGCCCAUUUGAAGGCAGUGGACGCCUGGACAGUAGAGCAUCAGGGGAGCUGAACGACCAUGCUCUGAACGGACACAGGAACCCAGAGAGGAUGCCAGGAGAGGGUGAGGGGCUGGAGGAGCAAAGCAGUCCCAGGGUGGUCAUCAAGAAGGAUGGUAGUUUGAGGGUGGAGUUCACCAACACUAACAGUGGUCUGCUUCUGGACGAGGCCUCUGGGCCGGUGCAGCUGCUCAAAUUCUCCCCCACCCUAGAGUCCACCUCAAGUCUUCCUGGCAGCAGCAGGAGGCCUGAGGCCCACCACGGAGCUCCACAGCCAGCCUCAACCUCCACCACCAGGACCAGCAAGGGCAGCUCGCUGAGCUCCGAGGGGUCCUGGUACGACUCGCCCUGGGGGCACAGUGCGGACCUCUGCGACCAGGACCAGACCUGCUCCCCCAGUAGGACUAUGGGAAACAGUGGGGCUGACCAGUUGGAGGCCUUUGGCCAACAGUCUCCCCUAGUGUCCAUAUCAGAUCUCUACAGGGACCCUAGUAUGGCUGCCACCUUCCCCACAGCUAAGGACCUGUCGGCACAGUACAGGGAAUCCCCCCAUCACAUCCAGCACCGGGCCUCCUUUGUUUCGGCCCUGGACGUGCCUACUGAGGAGGAGUGCCCAGAGGCCAGGCAGUACUCGUCCUACACCCUGCCCUGCCGUAAGGCCCGGCCCAGCGGAGAGCGCUCCACCCUGAAGAAGGGCUCUGGCGCGGUCAGAAGUCGCAUGAGACGCCUCAGCGACUGGACUGGAAGUCUCAGCAGGAAGAAGAGGAAGACACAGGAGCCCCGGUAUAAGGAUGGCAGUGAGGUCUUUGACAGUGGAGUGGAUGGCCUGACAGCUGACACCAGCUCCCCCUCCCAAGUAUCCAGCCUGUGGUACCCUGGCGGUGUGGGGGCCUCCCGGGCCCAGUCGGCAGGUGCUCUCCACCACAGCAAUGAUGCCCUUCGUCAGAACAUCUAUGAGAACUUCAUGCGUGAGCUGGAGACAGGGACUGGACAUGGCAGUAGUGGAGGAGGGGGAGCUGGUGAAAGGAGAGACCCAUCUACGGGGACAGAAGAGGGAGAGAGCAGCAGUGAGUCUGCAGGGGGCUCUCUGGAGCAGCUGGACUUGCUGUUUGAGAAGGAGCAGGGGGUGGUACGCAGGGCCGGCUGGCUGUCCUUCAAACCCCUCCUCACCCUGCAUAAGGACAGGAAGCUGGAGAUGGUCACACGCAGGAAGUGGAAACAGUACUGGGUCACCCUGAAAGGUUGUACCUUGUUGUUCUAUGGGAAGGGUUCUCCAGAGCAGGAGCUGUCUCCGCGCUACGCCCUGUUCGCAGAGGACAGUAUCGUCCAGGCCGUUCCUGAGCACCCCAAGAAGGAGAACGUCUUCUGUCUCAGCAACAACUACGGCGAUGUCUACCUCUUCCAGGCCAGCAACCAGACAGACAUGGAGAACUGGGUGACAGCCAUCCACUCUGCCAGUGCCUCUCUGUUCGCUAAGCGCCAUGGGAAGGAGGACACGCUGCGUCUGCUGAGGAGCCAGAUCAGAGGCCUGCUGCAGAAGGUAGACAUGGACGGCAAGAUGAAGAAGAUGGCUGAGCUGCAGCUGUCCAUCGUCAGUGACCCUAAGAACAGGAAGGCCAUCGAGAACCAGAUCCAGCAGUGGGAGCAGAACCUGGAGAAGUUUAACAUGGACCUGUUCAGGAUGCGCUGUUACCUGGCCAGCCUGCAGGGGGGCGAGCUGCCCAACCCCAAGAGCCUGUUAGCUGCAGCCAGCCGGCCCUCCAAAACCGCCCUGGGACGCCUGGGUAUCUUCUCUGUGUCCUCCUUCCACGCACUGAUCUGUUCCAGGGAUGAGGCCACACUGAGGCGGCGCUCCAUGUCCCUGAGCCAGAGAUCACGUAACAAGAGAGGCCUCUUCUCCUCCCUCAAAGGCCUCGACAACUUCACCAAGAAGGGCCGCGACAAGAGGCCGUCUACAGAACAGAUCUUUGAAAGUGAUGAAGGCGGACAGGCCUUCUGCCUCCCACACACUAGUUCUGAGAGACUGGACAGCUUGGCCAACCACUACUCUCUGGCUCCCCCCGAGAGUGGCCUUUGGGAGAGCAGUGGAGAAACACUGACCUGUGUGUACAUGCCCGACAGCCACGCCAUCCAAGUGCCUAUGAGACGAGACCAUACAGUGGCUGAUGUCGUCUCCCUAGCCUGCAAGUUGAAUCAGCUGGACCCUAGCCUGCACUGCCUCAGACUACACAGAUGCUUGGCCCAGAACGUAGAGGUCCGCACCCCUGCACCGAGCGAACUACUACAUGACCUGUUGUAUGACGAGCUUGAGGUGUUCCUGCUGAAUGUGUUCACCCUGCAGAUGACCAGACCUGCCUGCACUGGGGACUUUGGCUUUGCUGUGACAGGCCACAUAGACGGACAGAGGAACAGCCGCAUAUUUGUCAGUGAGGUGCUGUCUGAUGGACUGGCCUUUAGUGAAGGGCUGAGACCAGAUGAUGAGAUUGUGGUUCUGAACGGUCGAGGCGUGUCCACUCUGGACCUGGGUCUGAUCCAGAUGUUGUUUUCGGAGCAGACCCUCCAGCUGACCCUCAGACGGGAAGCCGCGUCCACCUCACCCCUAAACUCUGGUCCCUCGACCCCGACCCCACUUCCCAACCAAUCACAGCUGCUGCAGGACUUUCUGGACACACACCACCGCGCCAAGUCCAGCACAGAUGUCUCUUUGGUGCCAGAGGUCCCUGGUGAGUCCCUAGGCUCUGGGCUGGAGAAUCGUCUACAACACUCCCGCCACAGCCACAGGGCCGUACAACACAGCAAGAGCGUGGAGACGCUGUACCACACCUUCCAAGAGGGCUCCGGGGGCCUGAUGGAUGGCCACAAAGAUCCCCCGAACCCAGGGGCCGAGCCCACCCUGCUCAGAACCUGCCCCCGACACAUGAGCUCCACCGAGAGGCUCAGCAAGGUCAUCCAGGAGCUGGUGGACACAGAGAAGUCCUACGUCAAGGACCUGAGUUGCCUCUUUGAGAUCUACCUGAAGCCCUUGCAGAAUGAGACCUUCCUCACUCUGGAUGAGAUGGAUAGUCUGUUUGGCAGCCUGCCAGAGAUGCUGGACUUCCAGCGGGUGUUCCUACAGACGCUGGAGGAGAGGAUCGCCUCUUCACCUGACUUCCGAACGCUGGAGACCCCUGAGCAGUUUAAGAAGCUUCUCUUCUCUCUGGGUGGAUCCUUCCUGUACUACGCUGAUCACUUCAAGCUCUACAGCGGUUUCUGUGCCAACCACAUCAAGGUCCAGAAAGUCCUGGAGAGAGCGAAGACUGACCUGGCCUUUAAGGAGUUUCUGGAUGCGAGGAACCCAACGAAGCAGCACUCGUCCACCCUGGAGUCCUACCUGAUCAAACCAGUCCAGAGAGUGUUGAAAUACCCUCUACUUCUCCGAGAGCUAGUGUCCCUUACUGACACAGACAGCGAGGAGCACUACCACCUCACAGAGGCCCUGAAGGCCAUGGAGAAGGUGGCCAGCCACAUCAAUGAGAUGCAGAAGAUCUAUGAGGACUAUGGCUCUGUGUUUGACCAGCUGGUGGCAGAGCAGAGUGGCCCUGAGAAGGAGGUCACGGAGCUUUCCAUGGGAGAAUUCCUCAUGCAUUCCUCUGUCGUCUGGCUCAACCCCCAUGUCUCGCUGGGCCGCAUGAGAAAGGACCCCGACCUGACCGUGUUUGUGUUCAAGAAGGCGGUGAUACUCGUCUAUAGGGAGAGCAACAAGCUCAAGAAGAAGAUGACCGCCCCUCGCUUGGCGCACUCCCAUGGAGACCUCGACCCCUUCAAGUUCCGCUGGCUCAUCCCGCUCUCUGCACUGCAGGUCCGACUAGGCAACACUACAGGAACUGAGACGACCUGCAUCUGGGAGCUGAUACAUACCAAGUCUGAACUGGAGGGAAGGCCAGAGACUGUCUUCCAGCUGUGUAGCAGUGUCCCAGAGUGCAAAGUCAACAUUAUCAAGGUUAUCCGCUCCAUCCUCCGGGAAAACGUCAGGCGGAACAUGCGCCCGGCCGAGAGGGGGUGUAAGGAGCGCCUCACGCCUCUACGCAGCACCCUGCCCUCCUCUGCCAGGAUAGGUUCGACCAGAGCCUCCUGGCUGUGUAAGCAGCCCCUGGUGGAUCUCCCCUCACCAACCAGCACACUGAAACCUGGCCAGCCUGACUCUGACGAGGGCAGCCUGAGCAGCAGCACCCACAGCACCUCUGGCGCUCCCCCAGCCAACGGUCCCACACAGCCGAAGACACUGCCCACCCGACAGGCCUGGUCCCGGGGCUCCCAGCGCUCCUCUGUCUCUAGCUCUGUGAAGGAGUCAGACAUCUUGAGUGAUGAGGACGAUGAUGAGUUCAGUGAGUCUGGGGGGCGGCAGAAGGGGCAAGGGAGCUCCCCGACGAGCGCCAUCGAGGCCCAGUUUCUCAGUCUGAGGCUGUCGGAGGAAGCGGCGUCCUCCCGGGCGCCGGCUCCCCGCGUGCAGCCAGAGGGAGCGGAGGUGGACACCCCGGAGAGCCCGGCCAAACUGGUUCAGGGCCACAUCUGCCCCGUGAAGAGGAAAGGCAGCAGCAGCCUGCGGCAUAGCCAGGGGGAACACAGCCGUUCCCUGGACAGCCAGACAGACGUGGCAACGAUGGACCUCAACGCUCUACUGGAGAGAGAGUUCAGUGUGCAGAGCCUCACCUCUGUGGUUAACGAAGACUGUUUCUACGACCCUACGGACUCCUCAGACACUGGCAGUGCCCCCAACGCCUCGUAGGGUCAGGGAUGGACACAAGGAGAGGAAGAAGGACCAAACCUCUGCCCAGCCCCUGGUCCCUGCCUCGGGGCAAUCCCGGUUCUGUUCUGUCCUAGUCCCAGGGUAUCACAGGGUUCUGUUGUGCCUCAGCUCUGAAGUUAAACUGUGUUCCUGUGAGUGCGUACAGUAGGCUGGUCGUUCCAUGAAAUUCGUCCUUUGGGGGGGGGGUGUUAUUUCACCUAAUUUUAACAUUGUCAUGAAGAGCACAUGUUCUACAAUGUGCAAUGUAUAGUAAGUGCCAAAUAUAGUAACAGGGUUGAGGAUUUCAUCUUAAAUCAGACAUAAAUCCCUUUGUGACUGGGGAAAUGGAAGCAUGCUGUGUGCAACAGGGAGGGACAAUUUAAUGCAAGCUUCACAAAAAAAAUGUCUAGCCUGUCUGAGUAACACGUUGAAUGUGUUAUGCUCGACCCACUCAGUUUUCCACCACAAAUCACCAGAAAAUGGCACAAAAUAGUACAACUAGCUCACCUGCUUUUAAACUUUUAUUUGUCUAUUAGGUGUUUCUUUGUGUAAACCUUUGACUGGUACUGUAUUUAAAAAGGAGUAGUUUCACCAUAUUAAAAUGGGGGUUCAGAGUCGAUCUUAAAAUGAGGGACAGAGGUAAAUGAAUCACUAAUCGCAUUAAAUGAAUCCUCUUCAGAAAUGACUGCCAAAGCAACAAAAUAAGUAGGGCUUUACAAUGGUGGUGAAAUGUAGUAGGUUAACAUCUUUCUAGAAGUCAUAUAUGGUACACAUGAAAAUGCAUAUUUAUUGAAUGUUCCAAGUUGGGCACUUCAUUUCAUACAACAGGCUUUUAAAAUACAAUAUUGGUGCACAGUUUCUACUGAAAAUAUCAAAGGGACGCAUUACGUGGAACGACCAAGGCAGAUCCCACCUGCUUAGCUAUGCACAGGUGUAAAAGGACAGAUGAGUUGGUUUCCCCCCUAGAGAGAGACGAGGUGACUCUGUCCCUGAUAAUGACGGCAAGGAAUCUGCCGAGCACUGAUGCACAACGUAGCUCCGCCUCCACCCAGCGCUCUACUGUAUAUGCCUCACUCUCCCCUUCUCUAAGGGGCCAUCUCAAUUGGCUUCCUCCCCUCGUCUCCUCGAUAUAGGAGAGGUGAGUAUAAUUUUGAUGGAUAGACUUUGCUCUCAUCAGUCCGAGGAAAGGAGAUGAGGAUGCCACUUGAGAUUCACCCUAAAAGCUUCACUUUAACUCGGGACUUUCUGUAGGAGUUAGGGCUCUAGUUCAAUCCGUAUCGCCGGAAGUUCAGCGCUACGUGAUUGAACUUUUUAAAGGGAAUGUUCCCGUGUUAAGCGAAGACUGCAUUCUGGGUAAAUGUUGCAUAUGUUCAAUUAAGCUUACGUUUCUAAGCUUAGUCUGUGAUGCUUUAUCAAUAGACUGAACAAAGACUGAAUCAACAGGAUUGAAUGGACAUAGAUUUUAUUGCGACUCUGCCUUUCUGUAUUUUGUGCACUAAAGUACACUGUUUGCCUAUAUUUGAAACAUCAUGGGAUUUGUGUUUGUUUUUAAGCAAUGUUUAUUUAUUGAUCUGCAAAAUAAACGGGGUUAAGGCUUGAAUUGAAGAAAAUGUUUUUCUCCCAAUUAGAUUUAUUUUCAGUGUACUGAAUGAGUAUGGUUGUCGUUCUCCUAAAGCGUAGCUUCCAGUGUGUACAGGCGUUGUCAAAUAAAACUGCAUGAUUUCAUUGAAACCAUGCGUUGUCAACUUGCCCUGUUUGCAGCUCCCAUACGUUUAUUUUCUAUGUACUUGUGUACAUAUUUUUCCAGAAUAGCUGUACUGUAAGUUAAUUUGAAUCUUUUAUAUUCUUACACAUACUUGACAUUUCUACAGGUAGAUACGGCUGUAAUUUGCAAUAAAUACAGUACCACAAGUA